AUGUUGUACGAGUUAGCCUACACCCUUGCCGGGUUGGUCGCUUUGGCUUAUGCUGCGGACUUUGCAUUUGGCCUCCGGGACGAUCCCCGCGAGCCGAGGCGUGUGCGACCCCGAAUACCGUUCAUCGGCCACGUUCUCGGCAUCGUCAGGUAUGGUUCGGCAUACUACAGCCAGACUAGACAGCGCGAGACCGAGAAUGAGAUCUACGCCCUCGACGUCGUCGCCCUCAAGCUCUACGUUGAGCAGAAGGCCUCCAAGACGCUUUCUUUCCGCCCCUUCACGAAUGUGGCGGCACGCGACAUGGCGGGUAACUCGGAGCCGGCAUGUGACUUGUUUAAUGGACCGCUCGUCGACGAGUAUAGUCAAGUUGUCAAGAUUGCGCUGUUGCCCGGCUCUCACCAGGAUAACCAAAAUCUGCGCAUGGCUAAUUCGGUAAUCUCUCUGGUUGAUGGUAUUUCCAAUGAGGGCAAAGAAAAGCCCAUGGGCCUGCUAGAGUCGACGAAGCAUGUGAUCGUCGAAGCGAACAGCUGCGCGGAGGUUGAGAAGGCAUUAUGGUCCGUGUUCAUCGCUUUGGUCCUGAUCGUCUCGAUACGGACCUGGGGAUGGCAAGCCCACCUCCACUCACACAUGGCUGGCUUGGACUUCUUUGGCAAAGCUAACAAGGAGCGGAAAGUGGUGCACAAAGCCUUCUUCAAGUGGUGUCGCGAGCUGCGAGACGAUACUUCAAAGGUGCUCCUCGACCGUCAGCGUAUCGUAAAGGCUGCCGGAAUGGACUUCGAGGACGCCGCAAAGCAGGAGACCCUUUUCUGUGUGGCCAUAUUUAGCAACACGGCCCCGACGCUGUAUUGGACUAUCUGGGAGCUGUUUUCACGACCUGCUCUGCUUGAAGAAGUCAGGGAUGAGUUAGAGGAACAUGCGAUCACGAGGGAUGAGGGAGACAAGGACGGAGAAGGCACAGCGCAGCACACGCUAGAUAUUACGGCUCUCAAGACACAAUGCGCCAUCUUGCUCUCCAUGUUCAUCGACAACGGGCGCUACCUCUUGCGCAAGGGUAAUUAUGUGCAGAUGCCCGGCGCGCCGAUUCAUUAUGACGAGAGCGUCUGGGGCCCUACAGCAAAGACAUUUGAUCCUGAAGCGAAACAGCCCGGCUCCAAGCCGUUCGCUCCGCUACCAGCCGGGUUCCUCGCCUGGGGCACGCCACUUCACCUUUGCCCGGCUAGGCAGUUCGCAACGACAGAAAUCUUGAUUACUGUGGCGUUGCUCGCAGUACAGUACCACCUCGUGCCGGUAGCGAGCAACAGUGAGUGGGAAAAGAACCCAGCUAUCGACUACAACGACGUGGUGGCGGUCUUCAACCCGCUCAAGGAUGUCGAGGUAGAAGCAAAGCCUAGGAAAGGCGCAGGAAACUGGACUGUGAAGAUGGGAAAGAGUAAGACGCAAGUGGUUAUUGCUUCAGGGUGA